AUGUCUACUCCUUGUCUCUGUGGAAUUCUCAAAUCCCGAAUACCGUCCCCAAUAUCCUUGCAGACCUCAGCAAUAUCGUUGUCUGGAUAUUUUGACGUUCGUCUUGAGUUUCUAUUUCUUUCAAUGUCGCCUGCAGCGAAGUUGAGACGACUGCUCCUUCCCGGACGGAAUCCUGGAAUUUCAUGGGGUCGGGGUGUCGAUCUUCGCUCUGUGUCUCAACAAUCUUGGUCACUUAAUUCUUAUUCUUCAUAUCUAUUUGAUAUGUAUUACUGCAAAAGCGUGCGUGCAAAAUGUGGCGUGUCUCCGUGUCUGCGUGCCCAUCAACAGCGAACGAUCAUCCCAUUUGUUCCCUACCCGUAUUUGUUUGAUCUACCCCUUGGCCUGACCAACCUUCACCUCAAGCCUAAUCCAGACCCACUUUUUCUCCUACAUAUUCCUUUCACUUUUUUUCUUUUUGUCUUUUCCUUUUCUCAUUCUCCUACCACACGCCCAUCCUUUUUUUUUCCUGUGAUGUCCAUCUCUAACGAUUCCUCAUCCCACCGAGCAGACUCCGUCCGUCCGGCUGCCCAAACAUCUCCAAACCCCAAACCUCAGCCCCUCCUUUUCUCAACCCACCCUACACCCAUCCUUAUUUUCUUGGUGUCUCUCCCCCCCCCCCAAAAUCCACCAGAUCUAGACUGCACCCUCGUCACAUUUACCUUCUUGGUCAUACGUUACGUACCUUACCCUCCUAAACUGCGCCCCACCCCCCUUACAUUAAAAGUCUCCCCCAACUUCCUCCCAUAUCCACUUCCUUCGCCUCGUCAUUUGCGUCGCCCUUCUCCUCCUUUGUCUUUCUUUUUUCUAUCUCCCUCUCUUCCUUCUCCUCCCAGUUCUGUCAUGCCAUCCAAUUUUUUUUUUCUCUCGUUCUAUUUUUGUCCUUCAUUUUACGUCGUCUUCAUAUCAUUGUCCAACUCGUCUCCAUUUUGCACCAUUAUCUUCUCAUUAUCAUCACCCACUUUCUCUCCUUCAGCCAAGAUUUAUGCCCGCUCUUUCUUCUUCUUCUUCUUCUUCUUCUUCUAUUCCUUCAUUUCUUCAUAUGCCUCUUCGCCCCACCCGUUUUAUUUAUUCCUUUUUCAUUCUAAUUUUCUCAACCUUAACGACUUCUCUUGA